UUGGAGGGCAGUGAAUCUUCGACUGGCACCCAUCUCAACGCUUCGAGGCUGAACUGCAGCCGCCGGUGUGCCCAACGGCCUCUUCUCCACACCUUUUACCAAGCGGAAUGCCUGUUUCCUCAUCACCGAACCGAUCCCCCUAAUUGUACGCCUCAACUCGAAUUGAAGCUUCCCUUCUCUCCUGCACAGUCUUCUGUCCCGGUGCUCUGAGCCUCGACAUACCUCUUUCUCUCGGGCUGAUUCCUGUCUCGACGACACCACUUGCCAAGGUUGCACCGUUGCAUUCGGCAUAUACUUUGCAUCUUUAUUACCACGACCUGUCCUUCCAGCCCGCCGCCGAAGCCGUUCCCUCUUCUUGCUAGUCCUAUAUAUACAACCAUCCACUGGAACCAUACAAUUCUAACCAUAAUUACACAUCGCAAAGUGAAUAACGAAAUAAUGUCGAGAUCAAUACAGCUGAAGGAAGAAGGUAACCGCCACUUCCAGCAGGGCGACUAUGCUGGCGCGGAGGCAUUUUAUUCCAAGGCCAUCAUUGCCGACCCAAAGAACCCCGCACUAUACACGAACCGCGCAAUGGCACGCCUCAAGCUCGAGAUAUGGGACUCGGUUGUCUCCGACUGCGAAUCAUGUCUCGGACUUGCAGCCGACAACCUCAAGGCCCACUACUACCUCUCUCAGGCCCAGCUCGCCCUCAAAGACUACGAUUCGGCCCUCACAAAUGCUCAAAAGGCCCACCAACUCUGCGUACAGACUGGCGAUAAGUCACUCGCGGCUAUCACUGCACAGGUGCUGCGCGCGAAGAAGGAUAGAUGGGAUUGGAUGGAGAAGCGCCGAACACGGGAAGCACGACACCUCGAGAACGAAGUCAUUGAGUUGAUGGAGAAGGAACGUGAACAAGCUGUUGCGAACGCAAUGGACGACGGCGAGAAAAGGGAAGUUGAGGCCGAGUGGGAACAGAAGAUUGAGAUGCUGAGGACUACCUUUGAGAAGAGUCGCUCCGCGGAGGAAAAGAGACGUGAGGUGCCGGAAUGGGCUAUCGACGACAUUAGCUUCGGCAUUAUGGUUGACCCUGUCCUCACCAAGACUGGAAAGUCAUACGAGAGGGCAUCCAUCAUGGAGCACCUCCGUCGUCACCCAAGCGAUCCUCUUACACGCGAGCCCCUGCUACCAUCCGAGUUGCGGCCUAAUCUUGGCCUUAGGCAAGCUUGUGAAGAGUUCCUCGAGGAGAAUGGGUGGGCGGUGGACUGGUAAUCUUGAAGAGUUGAGCUUGCAUAUAUUGGCGGCACCCUCUGAUUUCAAUCAUUGCAUAGCACGGCGUUCAUGGUCCGGUUGGUUGCGAGGAAUACCGGGUUGGAUACGAUUUUGCAAUCGCUACUGAGCGACUAUAGAUUUACCAUUACCAAGGGAAGCUUUUCUCGGGAGCUCUAUCAAUACACAUAACGUUUCCGCUUCCAAAGUUCGCGAGGGGGAAGGGCCAUUUGGACUCGACGAUGUGGUUAUGUGAUUUGUACGAUCUAGAUGCUUUUCCGCAAUGGAAAGCAGCUCCCGACAAAGUUCAAGGGGG